AUGAUCUGGAACAGUGUCAUUCUGUUGAGCCUGUUGAGCUCACUUCCUUUUGCAGCUUCGUCUCCAAAGAAACAUCACGAUGCUGUGACUACAUCCAUUGACCCGCCACCGGCAGCUCAAAUUGCAGAUAAUGAAUCGGCUUCAGCGCCGCCACUUCGAAGUUACAAUAGUUCCAAGCCGCAUACACCUUUUGCUGGAACUCCGACUACUACAGGUGCGCUGACAGCUUCUUCAAUCGGAACGGGCAUCCCUCCCGGAGGCGUUGCAGCCGGAGCCACAGCGUAUCCCGGUGAUGGAAGCCUCCACCAUGCGGAACCUGCUCCAUAUGUCCCGGCAGGUGGUGUCGGGACCAACGGAAGCAUACCUGUCUACAACACGAAGAGUGAUUUCGACUAUGAGUCCUUAGCUCUUGCUCUAUACCAAGAAUGGAUCGAGCUCGAUCUGUUCCGAGAUGGACUUAGGCGUUUCGAUGAUUCAGCCUUCCGAGCUGCCGGUCUGGGCGCUUCAGAUCGUGAGUUGAUCGCAUUCAUGGCGGAGCAAGAGAUAGGCCACGCCACUAUGCUCAGCAACAUUCUCGGAGCGCGCGCCCCACAGCAGUGCAGCUAUAUCUACCCGUACACGAACGUCAAGGAGUUCAUCGACUUCUGCCAGAAACUCACUCGCUGGGGAGAAUCUGGCGUGUAUGGGUUCUUGGCUCAUCUUGACUCGCGCGAGGCAGCCACUCUUUUGACACAAGCUAUCACCACGGAAGCGCGACAGCAAAUGAUCUUCCGCCAGUUCGAGGGUCUCUUCCCGAUGGUCGAGUGGUUCGAAGCUGGUAUUCCGCAGUCCUGGGCCUGGACGUUGCUGGCACCUUUCAUCAGCUCUUGUCCUGAAAAUCAGACUCGCUUGAUUUGGCAAAAUUUCCCAACGCUGAUGGUGGUCAAUGAGCCGGAUCCGUGGAUUGUGGGGACUACUCGCAAUCUUUCUUCGAGUAACAACCGAACUUCGGGGUACAAUUUUACUAAGAUUGCGGAUCAAAUUUCAAGACUCAACACGACUUCCGGGUUCAAUCAGACCGCGGGAUUCAUGUUUAAUCAAACUACCGGAAUCAAUAAUACUGUCGGACCAGGCGUCAGUAUCCCCAAGUCACCAAAAGGCUCCGGAAGAUACAACUCGUCUAUUUCAGGUGUCGGCUGCCCUGCCCCUGUUAGCAAAACUCGUCCAGUACCUCUCACGGCUCCGGGUCGUCGGGUACUGUUGCAGUGGGAUCUUCCUGGGAAGAAAGUUGGUCCCAACAAUAGCUACAUCACCACAACAGAGACCAAAGCUGGUAGCGCGAAGUAUGUGAUUUGGGUGUCGCAAUUGAAUAUUACAUACACCCCUCUGCAUGUUGUCAAUGGUACCAACAGCACCAGCAGCACAAACAGUACUGAUAUCACCAACAACACCAACAUCGCCAAGAGUACCGACAGUGCCAACAGCACCGCUGAUGGCAUUCGAGGAUAUACUAUCCAGCCCAACUUUGAAACAUACCAGGGUGACCCAGCUUUCAAUGGUACCAUUUUUAUCGCUAUCACAGACAGCGAUCCAGCGACAAAGCGCACUCCAUCAAAAGGGGGAUCAAUUCCAGCUUCGGUAGAAGCUCAGGGCAUACCGACCCAGUCAGAGGGAACCCGAUUCGUGACGGUCGACGCGUCCGGGAACUUGGUUGACACCCACGGCGACAUCAGCAGCCAUCUCUCAUCUUCCACGCAAAAGAAGACCAAGAAGAGUAAAAAGGGCACAAAUGGCAGCGCUGUCGAGCAACCGGACUCCGAAUCCGAACCCGAUAAACCUCUCCCACCAUUCCUCGACACAAUUCUCCUUUCGAUACCUCUUACAACCCUCCACCUCACCCUAAGCUACCUCGCAGCCCACCAAUACGCCGAAAGAAUCGAACUGCCAAAACUCUUCAAAGAAUCCCUGACAACCGCUUUCCCUCUCCUUACUUUCUUCGUCCACCUAGCACAUGGUCAUAUCAUCUCUUUCGGAAAGCGCGGGUCAAAGAAUGCAAAGGCAGAGCCUGUUCCUUCUUUGUUCCCAUUGACAAGUGAUAAGUUCACCUUUUCCUUCCUGCGAAAGCUGGUUUUCCCGCCUGCGUUGCGGACUUGGGUCUUUCUUCCUAUUGCUGCGGUGCUGGGCGCCCAUCUUAUCGCUAUCACGAAUGGAGAGCCGUACUAUGCGGUUAUGAAGAAAGCGCCUGCUGUUGGAACUAUUUGGAUUUGGUGUAUUCUAGAGUUGUCAUUUGGGGCAGCUGUGCUUGGGGCGUUGGGACCGUUGGUUUGGGGGGUUUGGUGGAUGGGGUAUGGUAUUUUUUGA